CAGAGACACCCUCGACCCUGGACAUUGGAUAAGUUGAGUGCAAGCUAAUUUACUAGUGAUUAUCUCGACGAUAUACAUCUUGAAGGAUUAUAAUCUCGACGGGUUACCCGGGGAUAGCGCUGGCCAAACCUCCUUCACUCGCACUUACACCAUCGCCAACGGCAAUUGUUCACUACUAUAACCUCACCAUGGCGCCCACCGGCCCCAUCACGACGCCCCUUACAACCCUUCUGGGUAUCCAGCACCCGAUCCUCCUCGCUGGCAUGGCCCGUACCUCAGGUGGACGCCUCGCCGCGGCCGUCUCCAACGCCGGCGGCCUCGGCGUUAUUGGCGGCUUCCAGUACACGCCCGACCAGCUGCGUGAGAUCAUCGCCGAGAUGAAGGCCAACUUCUCACGGCCAGACCUUCCAUUUGGAGUUGACCUUGCGCUGCCCCAGCUUGGCGGCAACGCGCGCAAGACGAACCAUGAUUACACGGGCGGCAAGCUUGACGAGCUGGUUGACAUCAUUAUCGAGAGUGGGGCGAAGCUCUUUGUUUCUGCUGUUGGCGUGCCACCGAAGAGUGUCAUUGAGAGGUUCCAUGAGAACGGUAUCUUGGUCAUGAACAUGGUCGGGCACCCGAAGCAUGCGGCCAAGGCACUCGAUCUCGGCAUCGACAUGGUCUGCGCACAGGGUGGCGAAGGGGGAGGCCAUACUGGCAACAUCGCCAACUCAGUCCUUAUUCCAGCUGUGGUGGAUGUAGCCAGCAAGUACUAUCCUCCGAUGCUUGGCGGCCAACCGGCCCUUGUAGUCGCGGCGGGCGGCAUCUCGUCAGGCCGCACGCUGGCGAGCUCGCUGAUGCAGGGUGCGAUGGGUGUCUGGGUUGGCACGCGAUUCGUUGCGUGUGUUGAGGCCGGGUGCAGCGAGGAGCAUAAGCGCGAGGUUGUGUCUUGCGGCUUCGACGAUACCGACCGCACUCUGGUCCUGUCCGGACGGCCACUUCGCAUGAAGGUAAAUGACUACAUCCGGGAAUGGCAUGCUCAACCCGAAAAGAUCAAGGAAUUGUGCGACAAGGGCACUGUCCCUAUCGAGUAUGACUUUGAUGAGGGCAAGGACGUUGACCCACCGUAUCUGAUGGGCCAGGUUGCGGGAGCAAUUACGAGUGUGUUGCCGGCGAAGGACAUUGUGGAUGAAAUGGUCAAAGAGGCAGCUGACAUGCUGAAGCUGGGAGGGGCAUACCUGGCCGGGAAGAGCCGGCUGUGAUGCACGGUGAAGGGUUGUGAUUCCCUGAUGUCGUGCGUUUCGACACCGAGCUUCAGCGAACCCAGAGAUGUAACAGUACCACUAAUUUUCUUCGAGUGUCAAUAGAGCUAGCCAACAUAAGUGACUGAUACAGAGAGUCAGUAAGGUCAUGCAAUGGUCUAGACGAUGACGGCGACGUUGAGUAGAAUUGACACACAAUCUGAUGGAUGAAGCUGUCCGUACCCUAGGAAUGCCUGGCAAGCUAGGAAUACUUUGGGCAAUUACUCGCCAUA